AUGGGAGAUCUUCCUGAGGAUUUGCUACUGGACAUACUCUCUAGGGUUCCGGAAGCAUCUCUGGCAAGAUUUCGAUUGGCAUCCAAAGGAUGGAAAGAUCUGAUAGAGAAAGAUGGGAGACUUGUGAAGAAGUCUCUGGUUAUCAUGUUGAUUAAAUCUAGGGUUUAUGUCGCGAGGUAUGAUCCCCAAGGCAGUCUCAAAAACGUUAUAAAGGUGAAACUAGUUGGGUCAAACCUAGAAUUUCACACGAGAAAUAGCGGUGUACAUGCUCUCGGUAAAUCCUCGUGCAACAAGUACAAAAUCUUGAGGAUGAAUAAAUUCAGUAUUCUCGACAAAUUAGUUGAUUACGAAGUCUAUGACUUUAACACAAAUUCGUGGAGGGUUACUGUUGGUGAGAAUAGAGCCUGGUACAUUCUAGCGGGAAGGCCGCUAUGUGGCAUGUCUGUGAGUGGAAAUACUUACUGGCUUGCUCAUGCAAGUAGUUUCGAUGAAUUCUUACUAAGUUUUGAUUUUUCAACCGAGAGAUUCGGACGUGUGUCUCUUCCUCCUGGUAAUAAUGUUUCCUAUCAUGUUUGGGGUUUAUCGGUGACAAGAGAAGAGCAACAACUUUGUCUGCUAACUACUCAGAGCAUAGUGGUAUUCGAUAUUUUAGAUUUAUGGAGGGCAACGAAGAUUAAGAGUAGCGGAGCCGUGUCAUGGAGCAAGUUCCUAUCAGUGGAUUUAGCCUAUCUCCAUCAUCCUUUGGACUUACGUACUGGGAUGAAUUUUUUGGCUGAUCGAGAGAAUAAAGUCUUAGUAUGUCUCGGUGAACAAAAGAACUCUAACAGCUUCUUACACAUUGUGAAAGAAGACAUACACGUAAAAGUGGAUGGUGAUGAUGCAGGAUCUAAGAGCUCAGUUCUCGUCAGUUAUGUUCCAACUUUGGCUCAAAUUCAAUAA